AUGGACGAGGAGUUCAUCAAGAACCUUUGCCAGUUUGUCGCGGUUGAGGCCGUCCAGGCUUCCACGGAGGGCGGGAGCAUUGGGUCCACGGCCGAAUACAGUGCAACAACCCAGCAGGUUCAGAAACUUGCGGCCGCCCCAGGCAGUUCGGUGAAUGUCUGGUACAAUUCCCAGCCGACCCUUUCUGAGGGGGACAACUUCUGGGCUCGUGUUGGGACCAAAUUGUCCGGACGCCCUGCCGGUACAAAGGCUUUUGGAAAGUCCACGAAGAAUGGGACCAUGUGGCCCACCCUUCAAGAGAAUACAACUUGGGUAGAUCAGAAACAUGCCGCUGCCAGUACCUUCGCUGGGCCCCGCGCCCUCGCCCCCAAAGCCCGGGAUGGUGGUGCCCAGGCGACCCUUGCUGAAGGAGACGAUUUCUGGGCUGCACAUGUGGAUCAGCAACAUUCCUCUGCCACUCCUGCUGCUGCCAUCCCCGCUGCUGUCACUCCGGGAGCUGCCGGCCAAGGGCAGAAUGGUGGUGCAAAGGCGAACCUGGCCGAGUGCGUCGACUUCUGGGCUCGUGCGGGGAGCAAAUGGUCGACACGGGGUGCCGGUGUCCAGGCUUCUAGAGAUACCACAGAGAAGAACACUGAGGCCACAGUCCGAGAGAAUCCGACCCUGGGGACUCAAGAACUAGCCGCUGCCUCUUCGCCCACUUCGGCGAAUGCCCAGGGCGUCACCCAGUCGACGCUAGUUCAGCCCUUCGCCGACCUCUGGCCUCGUGAGGCGAUCAAAUGCUUGGGUCGCCCUGGCGGCAUAGAGGCUUCUGACUCAACGGAGGAAGGGGAGGUUAAAGAGACGGUCUAAGAGAGUGCAACCCGGGGGAACCAGUACGUUGCCGCUCCGGCCGCUUCGAAGAAGGUUCAGGAUGGUGCCUGUCCGAUCCUUGCUAAGGGUGACCACUUCUGGGUUUGCGCGGCUCGUGCGGGAAUAAAAUGGUGAGCAGCGCGUCGCUUGACCUACGCUGUGUUAGGCUGGGACUCGACGGAUUCCAGGAGCAAGUGUUGAGUGCAGGUCCCGGGCGAGACGAAUGGCUACCGCAGGGUGUGGGAUCAUGUGUAGGAAUUGCUUGGAGGAGCUGGGAGAGUUGCUGUUUGCCUUUGAUCUUUACGAUCUCGCGAUGGAUCAAGAUGUCUGCCUUUCGCACCAUCACCUUCCGAGGUCAGAUUGAUAGUCAGCUGACUCAAUAAACUUG